AUGGCUUUUCGAGGGAGUUCGGAUAAACUGUUUACGCCUCAAAACGGCAAAUUCUUAGGACCAAUACAGAUGCUUGCAAAAUUUGAUCCUGUGAUGCAAAAGCAUUUAGCACUUGCAAUAAAAGGCGACACUUCAGACCAUUAUUGCGGGAAAAAUAUUCAAAAUGAGUUAAUAGAUUUAAUGUCUCAAAAGGUUAAUGAUGAAAUAAUAAACCGAGUCUUGAAAGCCGUUUACUAUUCAAUCAUUGCUGAUUGUACACCUGAUAUUUCUAGAAAAGAACAACUUUCUCUUACUAUUCAAAUUGUUGACUUGUCAUUAGACAUUAGAGUGGAAAUUAAAGAGUACUUUUUAGGAUUCUUUUCUGCUUCUGAUUCUACAGGCUUAGGACUUACUGAGGUUUUAAUCGAGUUGCUAACUAAGCUAACUGCAGAGGUCAAGGGUAUGAUAAUUGAUCAAAUAUGA